AUGGGUCAUAAUAAUCCAUACAUAUCGGCGGAAACCAACGUCAUACCGCCUCCAUUCCCACCGCAAACAAUGAACGGCAUGGCGCUUGCGGCCACGCAAACAGAACCUCUUCCUCAUACGACCCAGUUACAAACGGUUGCACUGACCUUGAUUCAGCUCGCUGAAUUUGCCUCUACUAUGGUGUAUCUGAUGUGGCAUGCUCGGCGACCAUCAGUGAUGGCACUGCACAGCGCAUCGGUUGAUAACACAUCCAAUGUACUCGUCCAUCGGGAUCCUGACCACAACCGAGAGACAGCCACCAUAGCCAACGAGACGAGUCUUCGAUUCAAGCGAUUCUGCAAAGAUAUAUUGACGGCAACACAACUUUCCGAAUCUGUCGUUAUGCUGGCGUUGAAAUAUAUUGCCAUGCUGUUACAAAAUAAUCCCAAUAUCCAAGGCGCCGAGGGAUCAGAAUACCGACUUUUUACAGUGGCCCUAAUGCUUGGGAAUAAGUUCUUGGACGAUAACACCUACACAAACAAGACUUGGGCUGAUGUCUCUGGGAUGAAAGUAUCUGAUCUAAACAUCAUGGAGCUGGAAUUCCUCGAUGUUUUAAAAUUCCGCAUCUUUGUUCGUAAAGAGGAACACGAUCGUUGGAAGGUUUCACUGUUUGCACUGAGGGAGCAGUUGGAGAUUGCUUAUCAGGCAGAGGAACAGGAAAAGCGACAAUCACAACAAACCGCUCAUCAACAAUACAUGUACCUAUUAUCCAAUGCUCAGCAAGCAUACUAUACAAGUCGAUUGCCCAAUCGACCACUGACCCGUGUCCCUUUACGUAUUCCGCGAUAUCCAGUCUACCAUCCACAAACAGCGCCUCCACAGCCCAUGACGUCUGUUAACAAUCCGAUCAUGACAUCAAUAUAUGACAAUCCCAUUCCUGAACCGGUUUAUUCAACGCAAUCAUUCGAAGCAACU